GACUAGAAAGAUUCCAAGCCAAAACAUGUACUUCAAAUUCCAGCUAAAAGAAAUCUCCAAAUCUCACCAUACACGUAAUCCUUCCAGAUCACACUGCACGCGUCAGCGCCCGUAACGGCGUACCAUAAACAAGCUGCCCACCGUCACCGGCUCCACCCCACCAGACAGCAUAAAAUCGAAUCCGUGCGAACCGUACCAUCCAACCGUAGCGUUUUAAUUUAUUUUAGUAAUUUAAUUCUCUCCGAAAACGACACUUGGACCGGGAUGGUUGGAUGAUGGAUGGAUUCCUUCUUUAUUAUUAUUUUUUAAUUUAAAAUUUAAUUUUAAGGGGGACAAAAUUUAAGAAAAGUAAAGGUUUUUGUUGGCUUUUUCUUAGUGGGACCCUUGACCUAAAGUAUCGGGUCCACUGGAAUCUACGACGUCUCGUCUCUUCGCUGUAUAAAAUACGUAUAUUGUUUAUUAUGCUGUGCUAUAGUUUCCGAUUUAGCAUUUCGAUAUUCCAUCUAUGGGAAUUUUCUAUCUCCACAAAAAGAAAGGAAACCUUUAAAACGCAUGGAUUUUUCAAGGAGAAUAACGUCACUGCCGCUUGAUAGCUAUGUGCCUUCCUAAUGGCUUACAUGGAAGGUGCCAUUUGACUUUGUAGCAGACCAACGGUUUGGUUUGGUGGUAGUGAUCGUCAUUUUGAUCCUCCGAGAGGAUACUUUUCAUUUAUGGGCUGUGGUAGGAUUCAUGGGAUUUUGGUUAUAGGAAACAAGAUUGAAGUUUGAAUGGUUUCUGGAUUCUGGUGGAUUCAAAAGUUUGAAUCUUUGGAGCUUUAAUGGGAUGGGAGAUAUUUACAGGUUUGGAAGGUGCUUUAUUGAAUUCAAGCUAUCUUCUUCUAUUCAUCUGAGGAAGAACAAGAAGAUAAUAAAGGUUGGCUGAGGAGUUCUGUUUUUUUUUUUAAUAUAGCAAUUUGUUCUAGGGUUUCAAGUAUUGAAUUGCUGGGAUAAAGAAGCAUCAAGGGGAAACAAAUGGAGGAACAAAAUAGUUCCUGGAUAAGGAGAACAAAUUUUUCGCACACAGUUUGUCUUCAUUUAGAUUCUUCACGACUGGCCUCUUUUCCUUUAGCCAUACAGCCGGAGAGAAAUUCCUUCUUGAAAUCAAGGCCUGGAAUGUCAUCUUCUUAUCAGAGGUGUGUUUCCUUCCCCAAUCAGAGAUCAUCAGUUCCUGUUGAUUCUCAGAUUCAGACAAAUCCCCUCACCAACAAGCAGAGAUCUUUAUCUCCUCUCCCUGAAACAGCCCUUUCUGAUACUUUUAAGGAAGCCAGGUCUGAUAGGAAGAGAUUCUCAACUCCACAACCUCGCUGGAAUGAUCAAGACAAGGGAGUCAUGGGGAAGUCUUUUCAUAAGGAGUCUCCAGAGACCAAUACUUCCAGUCGUGCUUUCAACACAAACCCAAUUCGGCAGUUGGCUUCAAUGAAGGGUCAUGAAAAAUGGAAGGUCAAGAAGGACUCUGCUUGGACAAAAUAUUUUGACCAUGGUGGAGGAAGGGUUAAUGCUGUGGAAGCUGCUGAUGAAUCAAGUGUGGAUAUGUCCAAGCUUUUUCUUGGGCUUAGAUUUGCUCAUGGGGCACAUAGUAGGCUUUACCACGGUGUAUACAAAGAUGAGCCUGUUGCAGUUAAAAUUAUCAGGGCACCAGAUGAUGACGAAAAUGGAACGUUAGCUGCUAGAUUAAAGAAUCAAUACAACAGAGAAGUCAACCUUUUAAGUCGGCUUCACCAUCCGAAUGUUAUAAAGUUUGUAGCAGCGUGCAAAAAUCCACCAGUGUACUGUGUCAUAACAGAAUAUUUAUCUGAAGGUUCGUUGAGGGCAUACUUGCGCAAGCUUGAGCAUAAGUCUCUCACCUUACCGAGGCUAAUUGCAUUUGCUCUGGACAUUGCUCGUGGAAUGGAAUAUAUCCACUCUCAAGGUGUCAUUCAUCGAGAUCUGAAACCUGAAAAUGUUCUUAUCAAUCAAGAGUUUCAUCUAAAGGUUGCUGAUUUUGGCAUAGCUUGUGAGGAGGCAUACUGUGAUUCAUUGGCUGACGAUCCAGGAACUUACAGAUGGAUGGCACCUGAGAUGAUAAAAAAGAAAUCCUAUGGAAGAAAAGUUGAUGUAUAUAGUUUUGGGCUCAUUUUAUGGGAGAUGGUGGCUGGAACAAUUCCCUAUGAGGAUAUGAAUCCCAUACAAGCUGCUUUUGCAGUAGUGCAUAAGAACUUGAGACCUGUUAUCCCUAAGGACUGCCCUCAUGCCAUGAGAGCUUUAAUUGAGCAAUGCUGGUCUUUGCAUCCUGAGAAGAGGCCUGAGUUUUGGCAGAUCGUGAAAGUAUUAGAGCAAUUUGAGUCCUCGCUUGCUUGUGAUGGAACCCUGAAUUUAGUAAAAAACCCAACUUACCAAGAUCAUAAAAAAGGCCUUCUUCAUUGGAUUCAAAAGCUCGGUCCUGUGCAUCCUAGUAACUCCCCCAUACCUAAACCUAAAUUCACAUGAAUCUCCCUUAUGACCCAGCUUUUGUAGUGCACUGGGUCACUUGUAAUUAGAAAGGUUUGUUUUUGAAACCUCUCUAUUUGUACUUCUCUUCAAUACUACUUUCCUCUGAGAGAGAAUUAAUAGAUUGGUAGGAUCCAUUGAGGUGAAGUAUAUUUCACAAAUUUACAUAUACACAACAAAUUAUCACGUUUUAGGGUGAUCUGAAAGUUGUAAUCAUUUGAGAUGGAAAAUAAUGUUGUUUUAGAAGGCUAUAUAGUUGAAGAACAUCUCCUUGGGUGGAUUUUUUCCCCAAGAUAAACUGUUUUGUCUUUGCCCUUUUCCAUUAACCAUGUUUAUAGUAUUUUUAUGUUACAUUUGUGGUUGAGUAUGGUAAAUUAUUAUAUUCUUAAUCUUG